AUGGAAGAUAAUUUACUGUGGAAUUUUCAUGUUUUCCUGCUUGAAAUAGCGAAGGAAUUGGCAGAAGGGGACCUUCAGCAAAUGAAAUUUGUCUUGAAGGGAUAUGUAACAUCCGCUAAAUGCGACGAAAUGAACGCUUUACAAUAUGUCGAUGAACUGCAAAAAUUGCUGCUUCUCACUCCAACAAAACUUGAAAUUUUUAAAGAAACACUGAAGGUCAUUGGACGUCCAGAUCUUGUUGAGAAGAUUGAAAAGAAAGAAGCGGCUUUUGCCACUCUUCCUGGCAAGAACUUGGAACAGAAAGGUUGGUAAUAUGGCACCAAUGAGAUCCUCCAGCACUGUCUUCCUUACCCUCCCCCCCCGCCCCAUGACUUUCGAUCAGUCGUCAUUUAUAUAUAUAAAUCAAACGGUCUUUAUUUUUGUUUAUUGAUAUGACCUAUUGUUAUUCUAUUGAUCAAUAUUAUCAAUUAGUCAAUGAAAAUUUAGCCUGAAUUUCAUCCGAUUACUUCAAAUCCUUAUUACUCCCUCAGUAACGUUUGAAUUGACUGGCCAUUAAUGCUGUCUAGUGACGUCACUACUCCUUUCCUUUAAUUCAUGGAAAAAAUAAAACAGAUUUUUAAGUGGCAAACUAAGAAAUAUCGUUUGGAAAUGUCUGCACGAUCCAGAACAGCCGACAGAAUUUCUUUACUCGUUUUGAUCGUAAUUCAUGUUUAACGUUCAAACUAUCAAUUGCAUGCAGUACUCUGAACCUGUUGUAAUUCAAACUCGGUCACAAUCACGCAAUGAAAUCAGAAAUAUGUACACAGAACAAUUUCCUUUAAUUUAAAAGAAGCUAUUUGGUCCUUAAUGAAGAAAAAAGAAAACAAGGAAACAAGAAAGAAAAGCUGACAGAAUCAUUACACUUGACGGUGAAAAUAGCAAGAAGGUCGCAUGACAACAUGACAUUGGUCUCAGAAACUUCGCAUAAACAAAAUCAUUGCGAAAAGCACGAAGUGGCUCUAAAUGAAAAACCUACCAACUCUUUGCAAUGAUUCUUCAUUCGCAGUUCAACUUAGCAAUUCGGUUUCGAAAACAAGGGCAUUUUGCUGUUUACGAUAAAGAUUAUCGAAAUGUUUGAACUCCACGCAAGCAUGCCACUGAUGCGAUCCGCUGAAUAUCAAGCGACAAUCCCGCUAAAAUUUCUCAUAAUUAUACAUAAUUAUGCAAAUGUUUAGUGCAAUCAAUCAAUCAAAAUCACUACCUGGUUUUCAGGUAGUUAUGUCACUGGACAGCAUUAAUGUCUGGUUGAUUCAGACGUUGCUGAGAGGAGAAAAUGAUUCAAAGCAAUCGGGUGAAAUUCAGGUUUGUCAAAAUCAAAAUCAAAAUAGUGAGGUUUUAUGAAUUCUUAUUUACAGUAGGUUGAAGAUAAAUAAAAAUAUAAAUCUUUGUACAAGUAUUCCGCCCUGAAGCAUGUUUCAUUUAAAAAGUACAGCAACUUGAACUUCCGAGUUUUCACAGUGCAUGACACCAAAAUAGGAAGUUAAUGCUAUCUUGUUGAAAAAUGUCUUUCCUCUUGAAGUUCAGCAGCUUAACCAUCUCGGGUAUUAAAAGAUGUGUUUAUGUGCAUGUAUGCUACAAUGAGGGACAAAAGUGUUGAGACACUUCCGUAAAAUGGCCCCUUUUUGCAUAAUGGACAUAGAUAUUCCCCUCCCCUGUCUACCCCAACCCCUUCCCCCCAAAAUCAAUGUUGUACUUUGGAUCCUUAAGUCUUUCUUUUACUUCAAACAACAUUGAUUCAGGGGGUGAGGGGAUUUAAAUGUUUGAUAAAAGCACCGGUUUAAACAAGUGUGUCAACUACUUUUUUCCCCGAUAAUCUGUAGCUCUCGAUUGAAAAGAAAGAGCUUUUAUAGACAAAAGUGAACUCCCGAUGCACGUUUUUGUUGAUUUCCGACGGCCAUAUUGGUGGACCAAAACUGUCCACCAAUAUGGCAUCUCCAUACAAAGCUCUACAAAGGUGUGUGAAACGUUUCGGCAAAUAACUCAGAAACUGUAGGCUACAAAGACCUGAGACUUGGACAAAUUGUUUAUAUAUUAAUCUUUUACAACAUUUCAUUUUCUUGGCCUCUUCCACUGGACUGUUUCUAAUUUUUUUUUUUUUUUUGCCAUGUUUAUUGCUUGACAUGAAAAUGAAGAAUUUAACAGGUUGUGUUUUUGUUGUUGUUGUUUUUAAGAUGUUCACACAUGAACCCUCAACCAGAUGUAUCCAUGUCUGUGGAACCAUGACCCAGUCCUAUCAAUUGUGACAUUGUCAGUUUUUUGGUUAACUUGAACAGGGAGAGUGGUCUUUCCAAUCAUACUCAAAUGUGUGUGACUCAUGCAGACAAACUGACCAGAGGAAAACACAGAAAAUCGUUUGAUGUUGACCUGUAAAUUUUAAGGAAAAUCUUGCUCCACUACUUGCCUCUACUUUCGUUAAAAUUUUAUCAAGGUCCUUAGGGUUGUCCCAACAAAUAAGUAAUUCAUUUUUGUUAUUGGGAUAGUGUGGUUUUUGUAACCCUCCCCCAAUCCUAGAAAGAAUUUUGCUGGGGUCUCUAACAAUUUAUUCAUUUGCAGGGGGCAAGAGAGAGGGUGUUAAUUAUUGGAACAUGCACUCAAAUGAUCCAUUGUUUGUGACUUUUAGAGUAUGAUGCAGUUUGUGAUGGCAUUGAAAAAGCAGCAGCCGCAGGAAAGUUCAAGAGUUCAUCACGAGCUGACCUAAGUGCUUCUAAAAGUAAGGGCUGACUAGUGGUUAAUUCUAACCGUUAAAAAAAUGGAAGAGGAUUUAUGACUGGGUAUGCCACAGGCAGUCAAUUCAAAACAGAUUUCGGCUGUUCAAGCAUACAUAAACCCUUUUUGCAAGAAACCUCCCAUUUUUUUUCUCUUUUAUAUUAUAUCUAUUUUGUAAGAUCAAUUUGUUAUCCAAUUCAAAAAUCAUAUAAUAGUAUUAGUUCUUUAACUCUACCUUGCGCUUCUCAUUUCAUUCUAGCUAAACAAAAUAAUUCAAGUAAUGUAAAAUGUAGAAAAUCAGUAAACAAUGAAUUAAAGAUAAUAAAUAAAUAUGUUUGAUCCAUAGAUCAACCAAAAAAGAUGUCCCAGUUAUACUUUGAAGUGGGGUCCAAGAUAGCACCAGACCACAAACUUGCAGGGUUGGCAACAGGUGGUGAAACUGGUGAAGUUGACAUGGCAAAUGGAGGAGACUUACCUGAUGCUUUGAGUCCAGGUGCAGGGCUGAGCAGUCUCAAGGAUCUAGAAAUCAACAAACCUGCUUCCAGUGAGUCCUGUGAAAGUACAGUUAUGGAUGGCACUUGUUCAGAAAAGUCUCCGCUUAGACCCAAUAUGACAGGCUUUGGCACAGGAAUGGCAAGUUCGACAACCUCACACAGCAGGGAACCAGGCGAUGAUGAUGAUGAUGUUACUGACGGCAAUCCAAACAAGGAAGGAGAAUCCAAAGAGGCGACAGCAGGUCAUGAGGGAUUAAACACCAGCACUGCUGCAUCUGGUUAGUAAAAUAUGUAUGUACUUGAUCCUUGAAGCCUCAAUAAAUCCACAUACAUCAUUCCUCCAGACAGAUCGCCAAACAUUUCCUUAAAGAAUUUGUUGAGAGAAUUAUAUGAAAGAUCAAAGCAUUUUUGUUUGUUAAGGCCCUGUUUGCACAAUGACAAAAAAUAGAAUUUGGCAUUUGCACAAAAUUUAAUUAUCACCAAUUUUUCAUUUUUGCGACCUUGAUGGCAUCUGAGACACGUGAAUAACUAGAAAUGUCAAUUAAAGGAACUUUAACUGGUCAUGUUUGCAAAAUAAUAUGACCUGAUGAAGGAUAGCCUGCAAGGAACAAGGAGUUUGUCAGUUUAGAAACCUGAAAAGAGGAACAACAAGCUUACAUAUUAGGGCCAUUUAUACGAGGAAAAAUAAGACGUGUCUUACAUAAGACACGUCUUAAACAAGACGCGAACUUUCUGUAUAAACGGCACAUUUCGUCUAAAAUAAGAGGCUGCUUAGCUAAGACGCGUCUUAUUAGAUAAGACAUGCUCGUAUAAAUGGUACAGUUUGCGUCUUAUUUAAGACGCGUCUUAUGUAAGACGCGUCUUAUUCUUCCUUGUAUAAAUGGCCCUAUUAAUACCUUCCUGAUUUUGUCAUUGUAAACCUGUAAUAUAUACAAUUAUGUAUUUUUUUUCACCCUUAAGGGUAAUUGUUGUCUAAUACACGUGCAUGCAUGUAUGGAAAGAUUUGCUCAAAUAUGGAUCCUAGCAUGGGGAAUGUAUUAAAAGCAAACAUUAAUUUUUUGGUAUCUGCAGGUUAUGGUACAUCUUCUACUCUGCCAUCAAGUGGCAAGGAGCCAACAGAAGAUAUUUGUACAAGCAUUUCCCCCCCUCAAGGAACGAUUGUUAAAGACGAUGAAGGCCUUGCUGGGGAAACUCCCAUGAAAGACCCAGGCAAAAGUGAACCCUCUAAGGCAUCAAGUGCUAAGGAGCCAUCAGAAGAUAUUUGUACAAGUAGUGACCCUCCCAAAGGAACGAUCUCUCCAGAUGAUGAUAGCCCUGCUGGAGAUACUCCCAUGGAAGACCCAGAGGAAAGUGAAACUUUGCUGAAGUCAAAGGGUGCAAGACCAAAAGAAAAAAAGAGUGGCCCUGUUUUCCCUUUAGGAAAUACAAAGCAAAAUGGUAAGGAGCAGGUUGAACAAGGUUGACAUUUUUUCUCAUUGCUUUGGGUUUGUAUUAUGAUAUAAAGUAGGAAAUAAUACAGAUUAAUAAAAUAUGAUUGAAUGAAUGAUUCCAUAUGCCUGCCCAUGCAUAUACCUACCUGAUCCAGGGUGACUUUGAAUUCUUAAGACAGUGUUAAGGUAAAAUGGAAUGAUUCAGAGGUUUUUAAGUGGGUUUGGGGUUCCAACCAAUCAAACCCUUCUCAGGAAGAGUAAUGUAGAGGCAUUUUGGACACCGAGGAUGCAAAAUUUUAGUCCUUCUUUAUUGCGUAUUUGUCCAAAAGUC